GUAAGGUACCUUACCCUUUGCCUUCCAGUGGAGGACAGCAUGUGAUGGGAGGUAACUGGAAGGUACCUUACGUUGUAUUGCCAAUUCACAUUCUUCGUAACCACCUCACGAACCUUCGACUCCUCCUCUUUUCCUACCUUUACCACGACAACUCUUCAAUACCGAUAAUAUACCCUCAUACGUAUACCACGACCACGACAAUGACCUGAUGACGCGUGGCUCGGUCGCCUCCCUUCUCUCCUUACCAACAAUCCGACAACUCGCAUGUAACAGCCGGCUUCUUUCAACCACACCGAUCCAACCCUCUCUCGACUCCUGCUUCCGCCCUCGUCAUCUUUCAUGAAUGCCAGCUUCGAAUCAUGCCCAGUCACCUGAAUCCCGAACCCGUGCGCGAUCCUGGUCACGGUUCCGGUCACGGUUCCGGUCACGGUUCCGGUCACGGUUCCGGUUCCGGUCCUGAGACGGAUGACGUUGGCGAGCUGAGGCCCCUGAGCCGGUCACCACAUCCGUACCACCACCUCAAUCGCGACUUGGCCUACGCCGCGCAUCGUCUCACCGUCUACCGGUCCACAUCCACCCCGGAAGCUACAUCGAACACAACCAGCACAUCCACCUCACACACCACCUUCGACCCGACAGAGACAGAGACAGAUGUUACGACGGCACUACUAAAGACGGGCGGGAGCGGCGACCUUCUCGCAUCAUCCUUCCCUUCGUUUGCGAAAGAAUCUACCCCUUCUAGCGGCAGCGGUACCGAAGCCGACGAUGAACACUUCUUGAAGGGUCUCCCCGCCCCCAAGGUACGCCUGCGUAAGGGUCUGCGCGGCCGGAGCGAGCCUCUGUCGGGGACUUCGUCGCCCACGUACUCGCCAGCACCUGCACCUCUAGAACCCGAGCCCGGCCCGCCUAUACCCCCGGGCGAAGGUCGGCAGGAUGAGCGGCGGCAAGCCAGGAACAGUGUCUGGGAGAAGCACAGCUAUCGCCGGUUCAAAGAGCUGAUGCGCCGCGUGGCGGAGUUUGCCAUCACCGCGACCUUGUUUCUGAUGCUGUGGUCGAACCACGCCGUUAACCCCUUCCUCACGGCGUGGAGUGCAGAACUGCGUCUCGUCGCCGCCUUGAUCGCGUCGCUGAUGCUCCUUUACCCCCUCCGCCUCAUUGCGUGGACUUACCGACACCGCCAACCUUCCAAACAGCUACCCAUAACCAUCCCUACCGUCUUCGACCCAGCACCGAUUAUCUACCCACCCUCCGUGACGAUGUUGGUGACUUUCCUCAUAUCGGUCGACAACUCGGCCGUCAUUCUACCGAACCUCAUUCUCAGCAUUAGCUCCAUUCCCAAGCUGCUGAUCCCGACUGCUCGUUCCUACGAGCUUAUUAAUACGGUCCAUUGGGCCAUGUCGUGUCUACCCCUGUACUUGACUUCAUCCCAGCCAAAGGCGUUCAUGGCACUGUCACUGGCGCAGGCGCAGCAGGCGCAGGUGCAGCCCCAAUACGCGCCAUCAUCCCCUACAGGGCAACCGGCCUUGACCCCCGAGAUGGCUGUUCUUCUGUAUCCCCUCCACCAAUCUCUCCUGGCUGUUUUGCACUACCUAACCAUGACGAGUCUGCUCCCCGCAGAGCUUCAACUGCUUUCCAUUGGCCUCAUAAACCUCCUGCUCCUCACAUAUUCCCCUCAAGCUGUCAUCUUGCGGGUUCUGCUCUGGAUCGGAGGCGUUUCCGUCCUCGUGUUCUGCGGGCCGGUCAUACGAUGGGGCAUCGCCUUGGCUAGGGUCCCAAGGAUGCGCUUCCAGAAGGCCAUGCCUAUGACUAGGAAAUCAUGGUUCGCCCUGGUCAGAGAGGCGCUUACUCUUCGACGAUCGAGGAGCGGGUCCUUGAGGUCCUUUGCCGACGACAGCGCUUCGGAAACCAGGGACUCCGAAGACGAAGCCGCCGCCCACGGGGCCUUCUCCCGACCGUCGAGGGUGCGCACUUUCGGCCCUGACCGGAUCAUUCGAACCCCGGAUGACGCGUUUGGCAGCUCCUCUGCCGUGAAGACCAACGGGCCCUCUUCCCCCGACGGAUCGUUCCUCGCCAGGACAAGUACGUUCCCGCGUGCCGCCGUCAGCCGACCCAGACGAUCCACGACGCAGACCUUCUCGGGUAGGCAGAAACGGAAGCCGUCCAUCAGCGUGCGCUCUUUUUUCAAGUUCACCGAGACGGAGGCAAAAGUCAGGAAGUGGUUGUACUCCGCCUACGUGCAUCUUGCCAUGGUCGUCAUCGUCCUCAAACUGGUCCGGGAAUCCAUCGGUCGCUAUGCCUUGAAUGGCCGUGAGCCGAUCGGCUGGGCGUUGGGGUACCUGUUUGGCAAUCUCCCUUGGUUCCGCUUCCGCGUCGUGAGAGCCAACUUGGAGCGCUGGAUCUGCCUCCCGGACAACCACGGGGACCUCGGCGCCGAGACGUGCCCGCUGGGGUGGGUCCAGCACAUCCGGACCGCCGACUUGGGGGAGGCCAACACCAGGCUGCUCAUCAGCGUCUAUUGGCUUACCGUCAUCGUCUCCGGCCUGGUCGUGGUGGUGCGUCUGGACCCCAAGUACGAGGUGGACACGAGGCGCAAGGUGUUCCACUUCAUGAUGGUCGCCAUGCUUCUCCCGGCCACCUACGUCGAUCCCGUCUUCGCCGCCUUGGCGCUCUCCUUCGCCCUCGCCGUCUUCCUCGUCCUCGACCUGCUCCGCGCGAGCCAGCUGCCCCCGCUCUCGCGGCCCAUUGCGGCCUUCCUCACCCCGUACGUCGACGGCCGCGACUACAAGGGUCCCGUCGUGAUUUCGCACAUCUUCCUCCUCAUCGGCUGCGCCAUCCCGCUGUGGCUCACCCUCGGCGCGCUGCCUCGAACGGGGCGGGCCAGGACCGGGGUCGAUUCGGGCGGCGGCGGCGGCGGCGGCUACGACCACGAAAACGGCGGGUACGACGACGACCCCCUCGCGGGUUGGGACGUGGCGGGACGCGAGGUGAGCAUGGUGUCGGGCGUCAUCUGCGUCGGGCUCGGCGACGCGGCCGCCUCGCUGAUCGGCCGCCGCUACGGCCACCGGAAGUGGCUGUGGGGCGGGGGGAAGAGCCUCGAGGGCAGUGCGGCCUUUGCCGUGGCUGUGUUUGCGGGCCUGAUGGCGGCUACGGCCUGGUUGCGCGUCGGCGGAUGGGCCGUGUCUCCCGGGCAGGAGGUCGCGUGGCCGGCUGCUGCGCGCAAUGCGGGCCUGUGCGCUGGGAUGGCGAGCUUGACGGAGACGGUGCUGACGGGCGGGAAUGAUAAUGUGAUUGUGCCUAUUGUUCUGUGGACGUGCGUUAAAAGUUUGGGGGUUUAGUCGAUUACGGUCUUUGGCCUUGGGCUUCGGGCGACCUGACUGGAAAGGGGACUUUUAUUUCUUCUCGGUCAACGACACCGAACGGCGUUUGGGGGGGUCGGUGGAUUUCUUUACUGUCUUCUUGGCCACUUCUUGGAGCUAUGGGAAAGCUGACUAUAAAGCAUGGAUGGACAUUUUGAUGAUAUAAUUAAUUCAAGGUCGCAAAUAUGUAGCCGGUCCGAAGCAUCAUCAGCCAGGGAGCAAUCUGGCUCCACGGGAACCUCACCAACAGUCUAGUCCUUUUGUUGUUCGUUUAUCUUCCGGCAUCAAG